AUGGACACCCUCACCACGGAGCUCUUUCUCCGUAUCCUCUCCUUUCUCGAUGCCCACGCCCUUGCAGGUGUGCAGGGCGUCAACAGCUACUGGGCUAGGAUGUCGCUAGAUCCUCAGCUCUGGAAACGACUGUACCUCGCUCGGUAUCCUCAUCCGCAUCACUUGAAGUUGGUCUAUCAAAGCACCACGCCCAGUCGGAGCUCCUAUCAAAGCACCACGCCCAGUCGGAGCUCCCACAGCCCUGCUACUCCGAGGUCUCUCAGACCGAUUGCGCGUCUCCCAUCUCGGGCGUUUCCACCUCCUUCGCCUAGCCGUUCCCCUUCGCUCAGAGCUCCGGUUCCGGUUCCUGUUUCAUACUCGAAUGGAACACAUGCCGGUCCAUCAGCGGGUGCGGGACAGGCGAUCCCGUUCUCCAGGAGAGAGCUGGCGGAAGUCAUAGAUGGGGAGGCUGAGGUGGGGACCGGAGUGAGGAACGACGGGGUUGAUUGGAAGUUGAUGUUGAGGUUGGGGACGAAUUGGUCAAGAGGAAACGCUUCUUCCCAAACAAGCAUCACCCUUCCACCUUCUCCUUCACCUUCGAUAGCCUCGACCGAUCUGCCUCUCACGACCCCCGGCAGAACUUCCCGGGAAGCCGAUGCUAGCGCGACAGAGCAGCAUAUCGCCCUCUCACCCUCCUUCAUCUUCACCUCCAAUCCCACCUCCCCGCUGGUCCACGUCCAUUCCGCCUCCUCCUCGUCUGUCCGGCUCGGUAUCAUUCCUCCCCCUCCAGGCUGGUCCUCCCCCUCUCGUCCGGAUAAUGUCACUGCGAUCGCCGCAGACCAGUCUGCCGCCGCCGAUGUCCAUGAGCUCGGUAACACCGAGUCUGGGCGGAAACGGGACCUACCUGCUCGACUGGCUGUCUUCUACCAGAGCGGCGGAUACGUGAUACUCUCGAUCAGGACGACCGAUACGGCAGGCUCCAGACGCAUGUCAUGGAGCAGGGAAGCCGUCUCUCCUCCUACUCAGCGGCCAAGGAGGAGAAGUACGUCCUACGCGCCAAGGAUGGGCGACCCGGUCGUCCUCGCCACUCUGCAUCACCCGGUGUUAGUAGCAUGUACCCUCGGCUUUCACGUCUCGGUCUACUCCUUCUCCUCAACUGCGACCAGCUCGACGUCCUCCACCCCAGUCACGCCUCGGCAUCUAUCAACCCUACACUCGGACGUAUCAUACCACCCCGCCGCCCUUUCCCUCUUCCCCGCCCCUUCCUCUUCGCCCACCCCACCCUCAUUCCGCGCCAGUCUGACCUACUGCACUCCCGUCUACCCAUCCUCAUGGACUGUCGCCGCGCAAGAAUUCGAUAUUUCCCUCGCUUCGUAUACCGUCGACCGGGCGGAAUGUUACCAUGUCGGCCCGAACCCCGGGUCCGAGCUGGACUCGGACGAGGAGAUUGUAUGGCCACGUCGGAUACAGCCCGUCAUCGGCGUCAAGGGAGAGCGGGCGAUGGGGAUCGGGACGGAUGGGAGGUGGUGUAUCCUGUCUGGGGGCGAUAAUCAGAUCCAAGUGUAUGCUUUGCCAGGCGUACAGGAUCUCACGCCCCCGCCGUCCCCUUCUCCCCUGGCUCUCCCGCAUGGAUCGUCGGGAGAAGCCCGGAAGAGGGGAAGAGAAGGUGAUGGCGUCAUUACCCAUUCUCAGACCCUAUUGGCGCACUCGGCCAAUGUGACUUCUGUCUCAUUAUCCGCGGGGAAAUGCGUCUCGGGCGGGAACGACGGAAGGGUCCUCGUGUGGGAUCUCGACGAAGAGGAGGGUGGGGUGGGGCGGACGGUGGGGUAUGUGGAGGUCCGGACGGGGGAUGAGAGGGUAUGGAGGGGCGCGGCGGGUCCUAGAGCUCAGCCUCGACCGGAGUCGCCGGCCGAGAUGGGCGAGGACAGUGAGGGACCCGGAGAAGACGAGGUAUUGGAGCUGCCGCACCCCCAGGCGAUCUCUUCCGCUGCGAGAUCGUUCUUUCUCCCUCGGCCGCCGGUGGAGAUGGAGACCAUGCGGACGGGGAGGAGCAAGCCGGCGAUCAGGCAAUUGGCGUUCGACGAGGAGAAGAUCGUGGGGCUUGUACGGGGUGGGGAAGGGAGUGGGUGGCAAGGGGAGGGGGAGGUGAUGAAGGUCUGGAGCUUCGGGUGA